AAAACUCUUCUUGCUCCAGAAGUAAACUUGCCCGUAAAUUCUGGUUGAAGACUUGGAGUGCUGGCCAAAAGGAGAGGAAAGAAAGGUUUGAGCUUUGAACUUUGAAGUGUUUUCUGACACAAAAAAAAAAAAAAAAAAACCGGCGCAGGGGAAGGAGAAACACACAGAGCGGAGGUUCAACGCUAAACGAAAUAGAUCGAAGGGAAAAAAAAGGGAAAUGAAAAAGAAGGAGCCUUUUGAAAGGACCAAAGUGGUGAUAAGGCAUUUGCCUCCUUCUCUCUCCCAAAUUCAUCUCUUCUCCCAAUUCGAUCAUCUUUUCUCUCAUCGCUACGAUUGGUUUUGCUUCUGCCCUGGAAAGUCCAGUAAGAAGCAUCAGAGAUAUUCUCUAGCCUACGUAAAUUUCAAAAGCCCAGGAGAUGUUCUAGAGUUUGCUGAGUUCUUCCAUGGCCACAUAUUUGUUAACGAGAAGGGUGCUCGGUUCAAGGCCACAGUUGAAUACGCUCCUUCUCAACGAGUUCCUAAGCCUUCUACUGUAAAAAAUAGUCGUGAAGGGAGCAUUUAUGAAGAUUCUGAUUAUCUGGAAUUCCUCAAACUUAUUGCAAAGCCAGUGGAGAAUCCUCCUAGUUCCGAAACUCAUUUGGAAAGAAAAGAGGCAGAACCUUCUGCUGCAAAAGAAAUGCCUAUUACUACACCCCUGAUGGAAUUUGUUCGCCAGAAACGAGCUGCCAAGGGUGGAAACCAGGGUUCAUCAGCUGCUAUCAAGGGUAGCAAAAGAGCUGGGUCAGCAUCUUUGAAUGAGCAUGGCUCAUGUGCUACCAAACGAGGUGCUCAAAAGAAAAAGGGCAGCACAAAGAAGUCAAAUCAGAACAGCAAGUCAGCCAUUCUUGUGGCACCUAGGCGAGAGGAUCAACUUGCUACUUUAAGCGGAAAAGAAAUAUCAGAAAUUGCAUCUGUCUCUAGUGUUGAAGGUUGUGAUUUAAAAAUUACUUUGACUUCAGAUUAUGGAAAGAAGAAAAUCCUGCUUCUUAAAGGGAAAGAUCGUGAAAUUUCUGAUGUUUCUGUAGGUUUGUCGCAACAGCAUGGAAACUCACCUGUUUCUACUGCCCCUAAACAAAAACAGAGGUUUAAAUCUAGUGAAAGGCUGACAAAGAGCAUCCUUUUAAAUAAUGAAGCACAUGAAACUCAAUCUUCGACUGCCAUAAAGCCUCAGCACAAAUCUCAGAAUUCAAAUUCAGAUGGCAAGUUCAAAGACAGGCAUAGUUUAGGCUAUUCUAGUGAAAAAAAGGAAAAAAUUACAAGAAGAAAUAAGGAUAGACCAGAUCAUGGUUUUCAGAAUCCUUCUUGUCAUUCUGAUGUUCCUCAUGAUAAUAAGGAGCAAUUGACAUAUACUGUGCUGCAAAAUACUGGAUUUCAUUCUGGUUUUAUUAAAGGAUCCAACAGACAUUUACGUCACCAUGCAGCACCACAUAGAAUGAAGGGUGAUUGCUUCAUGACCUCUGAGCAGAAAUCUUCAAAAAAAAGAGGUGCUAGUGGCUAUGCUGUCCAUGAGAAGCAAAUGUGGGUUCAGAAAUCAUCCGCUGGUUCUUAGAGUAACUAAAUUGGCUGUGGAUGUGAAAUUCUGGUUUUCGUAUAGACCUAGUCUGGCAUCCUUGGAAGAAUUGAAACAUUUGUGGGACAUCCAAAAGAUUGAUGCCUUCUUGUAGAUCUAUUGAUCUUCUAGCUUGGAUAAAGCUAUGUCAAUGGUUUUGACAAAUGGAUUGCUAACGAAGGGCCAUAAGCUUCUAGUUGGCAGUUCAGCAAGUCAGUGAUUUCUAUUUUUUUUUUUUUUGUUCGGCAAAUACGGGAAAAGGAAAGCCAGAAAGCCACUUGUCCUUCUCCACCAGUAAGAUUUCAGCUCUGGUAAAGAGAGCGUCAUGAUCCUAUGGUUGAUUUAUUACUAUGCUUUCUUCAGGCACUUCAGACGUGAUGUUGAUAUUGAACCUAAGCUUCUGCAUCCAAAUAGACUCCGCGACAAUUCUGUUGUUGAAGUGCACGUAUUAGCAUUUGGGUCUAGUUUCUAUCGAUGAUAGUAGCAAUGGUAAAAGUUAAUGCUGACGGACUUCUCUAUUCCAAGGCCCCACUUCGGCAAGGGCCGUAUUGCCAGAUAAUUUCACUUUUCUUCUGUAAUCUGAUUUGUGAUUGAGCGGAGCAGCUACAGAUUGCCCCUUGUUUUGCCUUAUCGGAUUGAAGUAAGAAAUGGAUUGUUCGUAUGCUAA